GCCAGCAAAAUAAAAAAAUAGUUUCCACCAGGACAGACCAUCACUUUUGAUUUCCGAUCUUACAUUCCAGAUCCAACUCCCCUGUCUCCCCUGUUUCUUACACAAUCUCCAAAUUUCUUACACAUCUCUGCACAUUCAUUUCCAUGAUCCAUCUUCACCAAUCCUCCGAAACUGCCUGAACCUCAAGAGCAUGCAACACAAUAAGCAUGGAGUCAGAGCUCAAAUCCCUAAACUCCCACGACUCUGAUCCCUCCAUCACCACCCUGCCUCUCCUCAAACACGAAGACUCCCCUGCAUCUCAGGACCACCAGCUCAUCAACCUCAAGGACAUCGAAAAGAAAUGUGCGGCCUACGUUCGACACGAUGUGUAUGGCACAUUGGGACGUGAGCAUGUGCCUUUCGGAGAGAAGGUCAUGCUAGGGUUGGCCAUGAUCACAAUUUUGCCUUUUAGGGUGGUGCUUUCGAUGGUCAUAUUGGUUUUUUAUUACGUUGUGUGUCGGGUUUGCACGUUGUUUUCUAGGCCGAAUGGGAAGGAUUGUGAGCAGCAGGAUUUUGCGCAUAUGGGAGGGUGGAGGCAGGCGGUGGUGGUGAGGAGUGGGUGCUUUUUGGCCAGGGUUUUGUUGUUUCUUUUCGGGUUUUAUUGGAUUCGGGAGACUUUUAACGAGGUGAGGAGCGGUGGUGAGGAGAAAGAUGAGAAAUCUGAUGAGGCAGAGCACAAUGAUCAAUCUUCUGAGCCUGAAAGACCUGGGGUGAUCGUAUCUAAUCAUGUCUCUUAUGUAGAUAUCUUAUACCAUAUGUCUGCUUCUUAUCCGAGCUUUGUUGCCAAGAGAUCAGUGGGUAAACUUCCUCUGCUCGGUCUUAUCAGCAAAUGCCUUGGUUGUAUCUAUGUCCAGCGGGAAUCAAAAUCAUCAGACUUUAAGGGUGUUUCAGGCGUCAUUCUUGAAAGAGUCCAGGAAGCUCAUCAGAACAAGUCUGCUCCCAUUAUAAUGCUUUUUCCAGAAGGCACGACUACAAACGGAGACUACCUACUUCCAUUUAAGUCUGGCGCCUUUUUACCAAAAGCUCCAGUUCUUCCAGUAAUCUUAAAGUAUCCACACCAGAGGUUUAGUCCUGCUUGGGACUCCAUAUCAGGAGUACGCCAUGUGAUUCUUCUCUUAUGUCAGUUUGUAAAUCAUUUAGAAGUGAUUAGACUUCCAGUAUACUGCCCUUCACAACAAGAAAAGGACGAUCCAAAGCUAUAUGCUAAUAAUGUUCGCAAGCUGAUGGCUCAUGAGGGUAACUUGAAAAUGGUAGAUAUCGGCCUGGCAGAGAAACGCGAAUAUCAUGCUGCUCUCAAUGGUAAUAGUCUGCCUAAUGAAUUGCAUCAGAAAGACGAAUGAUAUUUUAUGGCUUGGGUUACCUAGUUCUUGUUAGGAUCGACUCUGGAAACAUUGUUUAAGCUUUUAUCAACCAGUAAUAAGCAUUGUGCGCGACUAUAGAAUUGUAAUAUUUUUAUGAAAUAAAAUUUUAUAGUUGACAAUGAAAGUCCCAGAGCUGUUUUUCUUCC